UUGUUGAAGAUGAGGAUGGUCAAGAUUAAGACCCUGAAACGGGAGCACUGACUCUACACCAGCAUGCAAGUAACGCAACAUACGUUCAAGCGGGGAUGAGAAGUAAAACUCUUGCAGUUCAUUGAUAAAAAUAACCUAGAUGAAAAUAAACUAAAAAUAACACAAGGCGGGUGCCCAGAUAUUUCUUGUAGGGAAAGUGCGUCAUGCGCGGGGUGUCGCGUUUCAGGUCAUGGGACAGAGAAAUGUCUGCUUAGAAAAUCAAUUCCUUGGUGACGAGUUUCGUACAAACUACUCUUUUAUUGAUGGGUAAUUUAUAUGUGGAGCUGCUUGCGGUCUGUAAAGGGUGGGUUUUUUGUUAAAUAACUGGUCGAAGGCCGCCUGAAACUGCUCCUGUGCUGUGUAAAACAGUAGGUCUGCGGUCCGGUCUUGCAUACAUGUGAUUUCCAUACCGGGGGUCCUCUUCGUGGGAGACAGCUUAGGUACCGCCAGCGCCUCACGCUAACUUUACCGCAUGGUCACGGAUUUGGAGGAGUUUCCCCUCCGCUCCCGGACUCGGUACCGCCGAGGGGAAAGAACACGAAUCAUGGCAGACCGAUGCUGCUCUGAGGGUCUACGGCUGCUGCGGGGAAACCAUGGUGACGGUGUACACCAGCACUUACGCUUUCCACGUAAGGAGGUCCCGAUGCGUCUCGUGCUUCUGAGUGCCCAACUACACAGAUAACAGGGGCGUUCAAAAAUGUAUGUACCUCAGCAGGAAAGAAAAGAGUUUUCAAAGAAAUUUUGUUUUAUUUGUCCCCCGACAACCUCCAUACACUUCAUCCACUUUUCCUGCAAUCACUUUAACCCCUUUGACCUUCAAACCAGGACUUCACAGUUACCUUGCCGUCUUCAUCAUUCGAAAACCGCUGUCCACGAAGAGAUUCCAUCAAAACUCUGAACAGGAAAUAAUCUGAGGGAGCCAGAUCGGGACUGUAGGGUGGAUAGCCCACAUUCUCGGAUGGCAGUCUGACUUGACACGUGAACCGGCGCAUUGCUGUGAAGAAGCAGCACACCUGCUGUGUCUCCCCAGUUAUGGUUGUCUCGUGUGGCAUGACCUCCAGAAGCAAAAGUCCUAGAAGACAGUUGCCAUGAUUUUACCUGCAGAUUUUUCUGUCUUGAGCUUUUUUUGGGGUGGGAGAUGACUUGUGUUUCUACUGCAUUGAAUUUGUUUUGGACUCAAGACCUCUGAUAGACCCAAGUCUCAUGUCCAGUCAACAAUGAAAAAAAUUCACUUGGUCUUCACAAAGCAUCUCCACAUUCUCCUGACAGCACUGAAGCCUCGUGGCCUUCUGACAUGGUGUCAGCAUUCCUGGAACACAUCUUGCACUGACCUUUGACAGGCCCAACUUUUCAUUAAUUAUUUUCCAAACUGUACCUACUGAGAUGCCCAUUACUUCGGCCAUUCGGGAAACCUAAAUUUGUCUGACUGACAAAAUUUAAAUCCUUGACUUCUUUUUUUACGUUUUUGCACUAUCCAAUGUGAGGUUCAUCUUCAGUGGACUCUCUACCCCACUUAAACUGCUUGCUCCGAAAUUUUACUUUCAGAUGAUAGGGCAGACUCACCGUAAAUUGGAUUCAUGCAUUCAUGGAUCUUUGGCUUUUUCCCUUCUUUUGUAAGAAAUUUUAUCAUGGAACGUUGCUCCAAAUCUAACACUUUCUUGAUUUGCACGAGGGCUUUCCUGGUAUCCCAUCUCUUGGAAUGUUACACUGGUACUGAGUCACAACUGUGCAUGAGUAACCUUGAGACAUGUCACAACCUGCCCAGACUUGUUUCAACACUCUUGCUACUUUCCUUCACACUCAGGUUGACCUGGAGAAGCUGUCGGACUCCAGUGAAUAUUUCCGAGGUCUCUCUCAGUCCAGCAUGAGGGAGACCAUGGAGCGGCUCGUUCACCUGGACCAUGUACCCGCCAUGGUGUUCUACAACUUUCUGGAGUUCACCUUUCGGCAGCGUUUCCAGGUCGCACAGGAAGACCUCGGCGCACACAUCCAGGUUGGCUCUUACCUUCAGGCGAGGCCUUUCAUUUCAAGGUGCCUUUCCGCUCUCACCGACUGCUUGAGCCCGGAGAACUGCCGGUCCUACCUGGACCUUGCGCAGGAGAUCUGCUGCACUGAGAUGCGGGACACGGUGUACCAGUACCUGAGCAGGAGACUUCUGGAACUGCCUCAUUUGACCAGGAGCCUGGGAGCUGGGGUGGAGGCCGACCUCAUUCGGCUGAGGUCCAAAGGGUCCCGCCAGCUCUGUGCCCUCAGGAAGGAAAACCUGCUCUCUGGAAGUGCGGAGGAAGAUGCUUUGCGCCGACUCUACAGUCUGGUGGGCUCCGACGAGGAUGGGGAUUGGCGAGAAGUGACAGCGCUCCCCUUCACAGCCGACAAAUGGAGCUUCACUGUGGCUGUUUUGUACAAUUACCUCUACCUCAUCGGCGGUUACAGGCACAGGGCAAAGAAAGGCUACCAGUUCAAGAUGGCUUCUUUCCGCUACAAUCCCUUCACACAUACCUGGGUCCCUACAGCUCCUCUUAUUAAGCACAGGCGGCACUUUAGCUCUGCUGUGUGCGACGGCUCCAUCUUUGCUGUGGGCGGAUGGUACCUGGACUCACUGGUAGCGCCCGACUCCAGCACGUCUCUCUACACCGCCGUUGAGCGCUAUGACCCCUGGGCGGACUCCUGGGCGUUCGUGGCCUCCCUACCCCUCAACGACUUCAGCUUCACCAUGUCGCUCUCCCAUGACGUCCCCCUGACUGCUGCCCUUGGCCGCUACGUCUACGUGGUGGGGACUAUCCAGAGGACGGGGGAGAUGCUCGUCCUGCAGUACGACACGAGACGAGAUUCCUGGGCAGAGCUGCUUCCAACAUUGACAAGAGCCGACGUCAACAUUCCCAGCCUGUACUUCUUGGGCACCACGGACAGGCUGCACGUGAUUGGAGGGAAUAACUCUGAGAAUGUGGUGACGUCCUUCUGUGUGGAAUCUCAGCGCUGGGGUGCCGCUCGCUCACUGGAGAAGGUGGCGCUGGUGGGCCAAGGCUCGGUCCUGGGCAGUGACGCGUACAUCCCGGCCGUGGAGCGGAACUCCAUCAUGCGGCUGAACCUCCGCUCGCUCUCGGCACACAGCCUCCCCCCUCUUCCUGUGUCCACCAGUUAUGAGGCUCUCUUUCACCUGUACUUCUAGAAGGUUCCAUUUUCCCCCAAGGAGGUGGGCCCUGCAGGAGAUUUCCUGAGGAACCGAGCGACUUGGGGGGGAGAAUAUUACAUAAGAUGGUACUCACUCAGUAAUGGUAGGUAUCAAAAUGUUUUGUGGUUUCACAGUCAGUCACAGCAAUGAAGUACAGACUGUCUUUGACUUUCAUCUACUUAAGCAUACAAAGUUUUUUUUUUUAUUAAAUAAAUGUACAGCCGUGGAAAAAAUUGAGACAACA